UGCACUCACCCCACCCACCAACAGGAUGUUGGUACUGUUCCAGAGCUUGCAGCUGGUGCACCAGCUGAAGGUGCUGAUCAUCCUGCUGUACACAGUCAUGGUGGUGGUGGGCAUGGUGGGGAACUGCUUGCUGGUGCACGUCAUGGUGCGGGUGAAGAAGAUGCACAACGUCACCAACUUCCUGAUCAGGAAUGUGGCCCUGUCAGAUGUGGCCAUGUGCACCACUUGCAUCCCACUCACCUUGGCCUACGUCUUUGAGCCCUGCGGCUGGAUCUUCAGCAACGCCAUGUGCUACUUUGUCUUCUCCAUGCAGCCUGUCACCGUCUACGUGUCUGUCUUCACCCUGGCCACCAUUGCCGUGGACCGCUACAUUGUCAUUGUGCAUCCACUGCGGCGCCGCAUCUCACUGCACCUGGGUGUCUAUGUGGUGCUCUUCAUCUGGAUCUUCUGUUGCUGCCUGGCACUGCCAGCCAUGGCCUACAACUACUACGUGGAACUCGGCCAGCAGGAGCUCACCCUGUGCGAGGAAUUCUGGGGGGAACAAGAGCAACAGCAGCAGACCUAUGUGCUCUUCCUGCUGCUUAUCAUCUACCUCUGCACCCUGCUAGCCAUCCUGGUCUCCUACACCAAGAUCUCCCUCAAGCUCAAGAAGAGGGUCAUGCCUGGUACCAUCACUCACAGUCAGGCCAACUGGGACAGAGCCAGGCGCAAGAGGACCUUCUGCCUGCUGGUUAUGGUGGUGGUGGUCUUCGGGUUGUGCUGGCUGCCCUUGCUCACCUUCAACCUCAUCCAGGACAUCAACAUCAAUGCCAUUGAUGCCUAUUAUCUUAGCCUUGUCCAGCUGCUGUGCCACUGGUUUGCUAUGAGCUCUGCCUGAUACAACCCCUUCAUAUAUGGCUGGCUGCACAAUAGCUUUAGGGAGGAGCUAAAGAAGUUAUUGGUCUGGCACAGGAAAGUGGCUCCUUAUGGGCAAAGCGUGACAGUGAGUGUUGUCAUCUGACCUGCCGCCCAGCAGCUCCUCUUGCAGGGU